CAGAACUCCUAUGCGCUGUAUUUGAAUCAACUGUUGCUGUCAUGGCGAAGCUCAAAGGAUUUGACUUUUGGAAGACGACUCUGAAAGGCGCCCGAUACGUCGUUGCCCCGAUGGUGGAUCAGAGCGAGCUCGCGUGGAGGUUGCUCAGCCGGCGGCACGGGGCUGAGCUUUGCUAUACACCUAUGCUGCACGCGCAGGUUUUUGUGAGAGAUGCCAACUACCGCCGGGAAAACCUCUUCAAUGAAGUAUGCGCCGAGGACAGACCGCUUAUCACACAGUUCUGUGCCAAUGACCCGGAGGUGUUCGUUCAGGCGGCCUUGCUGGCGCAGGAUUACUGCGAUGCUAUUGAUUUGAAUCUGGGCUGCCCUCAGAUGAUCGCUAAACGAGGACACUAUGGCGUGUUUCUGCAGGAUGAGUGGGAGCUUCUGCAGAAAAUGAUUAAACUGGCCAAUGAGAAACUGGCAGUUCCCAUCACUUGCAAAAUCCGGGUCUUCCCAGAGAUUGAGAAGACAGUAGAAUAUGCCAAGAUGCUGGAGAAGGCGGGCUGCCAGCUUCUCACAGUCCACGGGCGCACAAAAGACCAGAAGGGGGCACUGACCGGCAUUGCCAGCUGGGAACACAUAAAGGCUGUACGGGAGGCUGUAGGGAUUCCAGUCUUUGCCAACGGGAACAUCCAGCACCUCAGUGACGUGCAUCGCUGUAUGGAGGAGACUGGAGUUCAGGGGGUUAUGAGUGCAGAAGGGAACCUUCACAACCCUGCCCUGUUUGAGGGGCGGAGCCCACCAGUGUGGGAGAUGGCAGAGGAAUACCUGGAGGUGGUCCAGAAGCACCCGCCCUGCACGCUGUCCUACGUCCGCGCUCAUCUUUUCAAACUCUGGCACCACACGUUGCAGAUCCAUCAGGACCUGAGGGAAGAGUUGGCCAAAGUCAAGACGGUGGAUGGGAUAGCAGAGGUUAACAGACAGCUGAAACACCGCUGCCAGGAGGAGAUGGCCAAAGGGGAGAAGGAGGCGAACUGUUCGGCAGGACUGCCGUCUCCCCACUGGAUAUGCCAGCCAUAUGUCAGACCUCCGCCUAAGGAACCUGGGAGUGAGAACGGGCAGAAGAGCACAGAGGUGAAGGCAGCGAGUCAGAAGAGAGCACUGGAGGACAGUGAUGGAUCCACUGAGUCACUGUCCAAAAACAAGCAGAAGAAGAAAGCCCGUAACCCCUACAAGAACUUCAGUCCUGACCAGAAACCAAAGUACAUCAAGUGUGAGCAGUGUGGAAACCCCAAAGGCAAUAAGUGUGUCUUCCACCUGUGCCGCGCCUGCUGUAAGAAAAAAGCCUGGAGGGAAGUGGCCGACUGUCCAGGUCAUGGGUUAAGAUUCAGAACUAAGGCCCAGAAACAGGGGACGGCAGAACCAGGAAACGGACUGUUGAACGGGACAUCCAGCCUUCAGACCGAGUCCACGGUUGGCACGGGCGACCGGCCCGUAAACGAAGCCCCAGUAUGA